AUAUUGUCUCCAAUACAGUACCAGCUGAGCAACAGUGCCGCCUUACACUUUUCCUCAUGGUUGGAGAAGACAGCCUGGUAUUCAUGAUAUUUAGGCUAAGUUUGGUUGGUCUUCUUGGGGUCGUAGCCGGGGCAAUUGUGGUUACAAUCUGCUAUUGCAUUGCUGUCGGCUGGUGCAACCAAAGGCGGCGUGCAACAAGUCCGCUAAAUAGACGCCGAGUCCCUCAAACCAACCAAGAAGAUAGACGUCCCUGUAGAAGAAGCAAUUCAAUGGCGCAAUCAAAUCCAAAUUUUCAAAACUCCAAAGAUCAGACCAGCCAAGAAGAUGGGCCCAGUAGCACAAGCAUUAAUUCAAUGGUGCAAUCAAACCCAAGUUUUCGAUACUCCAAAGAGUGCGAAGUAGAAACAUGUACCGUGUGCUUGUGUGAGUUCAAGGAAGGCGAGGAAGUACGCGUAUUGCCCGAGUGCUUGCACUUGUUUCAUGUCACUUGUGUUGAUACGUGGCUCAUCUCCUACUCUACUUGCCCGAUCUGUCGUGCUGAUACUAUGCCUCCCCUGAACGCCGUCUUGUCUUCGCCAAUUCCAGGUGGAACCCCCCGGUUCGCCGCCGGAGCUCCACAGGUUGCCGGAUUCCCAUGAAUAGAAUGCCUUUACUUUUAAGUCGAUCUGCCACUUUCAUUUGCAUAAUAGUGUACGCUUAAAAGCUUGUACGUACAUCACUCAAGGCAAAUGUGCAUGCAUGUGAAAUAUAAAUGAAAUAAGAGUUUGGCAUA